CUGUAUUGUAGCCUAUAUGACAAAAGCAAGGGGAUGGAGUGAGUAAAAUAAAUCCACUCUCAUUAUUUCUCACAGACACUUUUUGUAAUUUGGCAGAAAGAGGAGGUUUUGGAUCACGGCGCAACAUUACAAGAAAACGUGUCCUGGUUAACGUUAGUGCUAUUAGAAAGCUGCCUAUUUCUUUUACGCACACCCUACUCCAGUAAAAGCAACGGCAGUUCAGAUCAGAUUUCACAUUCAGCUGCGACCAGCUGAGACAGACAGCCAGAGAGCAGGAGGGCUCAUAUCUCCGCUUUCCCCUCUGAUACCCCCGCUACAAAAAGCCCCUGCGAGGAACAACCGGCUGCGCUACGAAAAUAUUACACACCCGGGAUUUUUCCCCUUCUUUUUUAUUUUAUGUAUUUUUGCAGGAUUUCAGUAGAGCUGCAGAGAAGUAGAUAGAGAAGCAGAAGAGAUGGACGAGCAGACGAGGCUGAUGCACUCUCACACGGGGGUAGGCAUGGCAGGGCACCCCGGCCUGCCGCAGCAUAUGCAGGAAGGCAACGGAGGAACGGACGGAGACGGAAGAAAACAGGACAUUGGAGACAUUUUACAGCAAAUUAUGACCAUCACGGAUCAAAGUCUGGACGAAGCCCAAGCUAGGAAACACGCACUGAACUGUCACAGAAUGAAGCCAGCUCUUUUCAAUGUCUUGUGUGAAAUCAAAGAAAAAACAGUGCUCAGUAUCCGCGGUGCCCAGGAGGAGGAGCCUCCGGAUCCCCAGCUCAUGCGCCUGGACAACAUGCUGCUGGCAGAGGGCGUAUCCGGCCCGGAGAAAGGCGGAGGCUCGGCGGCAGCAGCGGCUGCAGCGGCAGCAUCAGGAGGUGUGGGGGCGGACAACUCUGCAGAGCACUCUGACUACAGGGCCAAACUGACUCAGAUCAGACAGAUCUACCAUACAGAGCUGGAGAAGUACGAACAGGCAUGUAACGAGUUCACCACCCAUGUGAUGAACCUGUUGCGUGAGCAGUCACGCACGCGGCCAAUUUCGCCCAAAGAGAUUGAACGUAUGGUGAACAUUAUCCACCGCAAGUUCAGCUCCAUCCAGAUGCAACUGAAGCAAAGCACCUGCGAGGCUGUCAUGAUCCUGCGUUCCCGCUUCCUUGAUGCCAGACGGAAAAGACGAAACUUCAACAAGCAGGCAACAGAGAUCCUGAACGAGUAUUUUUACUCACACCUCAGUAACCCCUACCCCAGCGAGGAGGCUAAAGAAGAGUUGGCAAAGAAGUGUGCCAUCACAGUUGCCCAGGUUUCCAACUGGUUUGGGAAUAAAAGAAUCAGAUACAAGAAAAACAUUGGUAAGUUCCAGGAAGAAGCCAACAUGUACGCUGCGAGAACUGCCGUGAAUGCGGCUAAUGCAUCCUCACAUGGAAGCCAAGCAAAUUCACCCUCAACUCCAAACUCUGCAGGUUCUGCUGGCUCUUUUAACAUGUCAAACUCCGGGGACUUGUUCAUGAGUGUGCAGUCUCUCAAUGGGGACUCGUACCAGGGGGCUCAGGUGGGAGCCAACGUGCAGUCACAGGUGGAUACCCUUCGCCAUGUUAUCAGUCAGACAGGAGGAUACAGUGAAGGACUCACAGCCAACCAGAUGUACAGUCCGCAGGGCAUCAAUGCAAACGGUGGCUGGCAGGAUGCUCCGACCCCCUCAUCAGUGACUUCGCCCACAGAAGGACCCGGAAGCGUUCACUCUGACACCUCCAACUGAUCCUCAACCCCCCGUCACUCCUCGGUCCUCUGCUUCCAACUUCUUCCACCACUGCACGCCCAACCACAUUUCCCAAAACCCCACGUGACCUACUGUAUGUAGUCACAUGGCAGGACACAGUUGGGAUGAGGGAUGACAUUUACGGACAAAUACUUAACUUUUCCUAUCUGGACUACUGCAGCACCGUUAGCAGCCUGCAUAAGGGACUCACAUCCACACUUUGUACAGUUUCCACUCAAUGUCCAUGUUGCCUCUUUGUAUUUCUCUUACAUUAUAUAUUCACUCAGUAGGCACACAGUUAGCAGCAUAAUGCCCCAAGUCUUGUAAAUUUAAAUGCUUCCACACUACCUCUAUUCGACAUAACAACAGAGAAAACAGAAUUUCAAAUGCUUCGGUUUUACAAUUUUUUAUAAUUAUUGGAAUUUCAUUGUACAACACAUCAUGCCCUGUCGUAAGACCUCUGUGUUCACACAUUAUGUCUAUCUAUAGUGCCAAAGUUCAACCCUGGAGGUGAAUUUUGAUAAUGUUUUUUUAUGUAAUGUCCUUCUAUUUUUAAUGCCAUACAUUGUAAAGUAUUAUUAUGUUAGUCCAUUCAUAUUAGUCAGUUAAUAUUCAAGUAGUCAGCCUCGAUAUAUAAAAUUUUGAUUCAGAACUUCUACAACGACAUACAAGGCAUUAUAUAUUUUAUUAUGCAGUACAGUAAUGCAAAAAAAUUCACAGUUUCUACGCAAGCAAGAGUUCAUCUUCAGAACAAUUGACCUGAAACACUAAAUCAAUGACAACAUUAGCCGCAAUUAUGGCACGUCAAUAUGUAUUAAAGCACAAUAACACUUAAUGAUUGAACUCAAAAGCUAACAUUUGUAAAUGUUGAAGAAAAAACAAUUUCAUGAUUUUACAACUAUAGGAGUCAUAUAAGAAAGAGAGUGUACAUGAUCAGACAUAUGUGUCAGUCAGUGUGUCAGUGAGAUCAGUAAAGCCAAAUACUGCUGAUAACUAAAUCCAAAAGAAAAAUUGUAAUUCAGAUUUUUAGGUACCAUGUUGUUGGGAACACAUUGCAUGUAUUUUCUCUGAAAUUCCGUUUCUUUCGCGGAAUUAUAUUUGUGUGAUAAUCCUGAGAGUGUGACGGGACAUUUUGAGCACAGAUUACAGAGAAUUAUAAAUUAGAUGCUUAAAUUAAAUAAUUCUUCAGAUGAUAAGAAUUUUCUUUUUUUCCUUUUAUAUACUUGGUGUGGAGGCAAAACAAUAUUGUGUGUGCUUAAAAUGUCCCAUUGAAUGCUUGGGAUUGUAACAUAAUAUAAUUCUAUAUACAGUCAGUGCUGAAAGAAACUUUACUUAUCCCUUAACUCCUGUUCUCUGAUAACAUUAGGCAGAAUCUUUGAAAGAGAACCAGUGUUUGAAUUCUCAGUAUUCAAGAGUCCCAUCACUUCUUUUUUUUAAAUAAAUAAAAACAUCACGUCCAUCAACACAAACCAAUCCAAAAUGGAAAAUUAAAUCUGUGACCUUUGUUGUAUGUACAGUAUAGUAUGUGGUCCAACAUGUAUACAUGAUUAGAAUAGUCCUCAUGAGAUAUCAGCAUUUACAUACUUUGAUACCAAAAAAAUGCAGAUUUGUAUCCUCUACAUUGGGAUCAGCUUUAUUGACAUUUUCUUUUUCCUCUUCUUGUAGGAUUUUAUUAUCUACGGUACUAGUGAGCAUCUGAUAAUGCUCUAGUACUCUGUAUUCAAAACCAAAAAAUGCAGUUGGAAUACAGUAAUGUUUAUAUAAAUUUGAACGGAAAUGAAUACCCUGAUGGCACACAAAUCCAGAUAUUAUCUGGAUAUAUUUUUGUCUCCAUUUUGUGAAUAACUGUAACGGAUAUUAUUUUGCCUUGCUACAGGGCUGUUUCUUUUGUAUGCUAUGCCAUUAUAUGUGAAUUACCCCAAGAAUGCUCUAUAUACAGUCAGUAGAUAUGCACAUUUACUCUUUUUUUGCAUCUUUGAAUUUACACUGUAGCCAUUUUAACGCAGCCUGAUGAGUUCCUGUUGGAUUUAAGGUGAAGUCCUUGUUAUUUUGUGCUCAAACGAUCGAAACUAGCCUGUCUCCAAGAUGGCUACUGUCUGAAUGAAGGUGAGGUGAAAAGUUAGUGUGAACAUUACCUCUGGCAUUGUUUUCAGCUUAACUGAACCCUUAUAGAAAACAAAAUUUGGUCCUGAAAUACCAAUCAGUCACAAUACAGCCUGAAAACCACAGGAUUUUUUAACAGUUAUCAGUGUGUUUGUAUUUAUUACACAUGUAUGAAAUCAUGGUUGUUUCAGAGCUAUUGUCUCGAGGUCAACCGCGGCAUGAUUAAACCGAACAAACUAAUUUGAAUUAUUCAGAGCGGCUCCUCCUCGACUUACCUGUUCAGUAUUACAGUCUAGGGGCUGAGCACCAUUGUGAUACAUCCUGCCUCAGUCGUGUCUUCUGAAGUCAUUGGAGUGAAUUGACAACACCGGCCAUGCAAGGCAAACACAAGGAUUGUUUUUGCACCCCUUAAAAAACAGCUUAACCCUACUUUUUACAUUGCCUGUCAAAUAUUAUCGAAGCUUCAUGUAAUGAUGCUUUUUAGUUUUUGAAUCUAAAAGGAAAAGAGACAUGAAAAGAAAAAUGAACGAUUUGUAAAACAUAAAAUGUUUUAUUUGUUGCAUGUCUUUUUUUCUCAAUAAAAUAACGUACUGCAGUGUUUUGAAUGUUGAUUUCUUUUUUAUAAGGAUUUCAGAGUGAAAUUGUAAAGCCUUUUUCUUGACAGGUUUUAACUUUUAAGGUCUCUGCGUAUGUAAAAAGGUAUUGAAUGAAAAAACUAUUGUCUUUUUAAUUCAAAUUCAGAACCUGUUUUCUGUGGAGAAAAAUAGCUGAAAGGUGUAGGUUUUAUGGUCUCUUAAUUUGUACUGGCAAUGCGGAUCCCAAAUAAAUGGUUUCUUUUGUUGCAUAAA